AUGUCAUUCAAUAGUCCAUUUGAUGAUGAUCUAGAAAGAGUAGCAACAAAUCAUUCACAUAAAUAUAAAGAUUAUCCUGAAUUUGAAUCAUUAUCUACAAGUAUUGAAAAACAAUUACAUCAUAUUAACACAAAUCAAUUAGUUGAAAUAAAAGAAGAGCUUUCGAACUUUGAAUCCAAUCCAACUUAUCAACAAAUAUCGGAAUCUUUAAGUGGCAAAUUUAAAAAGUUAACAGAAUCUUAUAAGAAAUUAAAUGAAUUUGUUAAACAAUUGAAUUCAGCUAUAAAAACAGUUGAGAAUGAUCAUGAAGAUGUUGAAAUUGUAAAUUACCUAAAACAAAAAGAAAACAUUCAAAUCAAGCUAAUAAAAGAUAGUUUAGCAAAUUUUAAAAAUUAUCAAAGAAGAUUUGAAACAAAACAAGCAAGUCAAUUGCCACCACUAUCCUCUGAGGAAAGAGCCACAUCAACAGAACAACUACAACAGCAACAACAAGUCCAAAUAGAGUACGAACCAAUAAAUGCAGAAGAAUUAGAACAACAAACAUUAUUAAUCCAAGAAAGAGAACGAGAAAUUCAUCAAAUUCAACAAGAUACUCAAGAAAUCAACAAUAUUUUCUCAAAUUUAUCAUCUAUAAUAAAUGAACAACAAUUUCAAAUAGAUAAUAUUGAAAAUAAUAUUUUUUCAUAUAGUUCAAAUGUUCAACAAGCUUCAACGGAAUUAAAUAGAGCUCAAAGAUAUCAAAAGAGGUCAAAUGGGAGAUUAUUUUGUUGCUUGUUGAUAUUGAUUGGAGUUUCAGCUUUCAUUAUACUAAUACAAUUGAUUUUCUAA